CUCACGGUCCGGUCUCGCUCGCGUAGCCCGUGACAGUGUCUGGUCGAGUUGCUUGCGGAUGCUUGCGGAGUAUUCGGCUUUGAUCGUCGGCCGUGUUCACCAGCAAGGUAAAUAGGAUGUGGUAUCGCGCGAGGUUCCGGUGCUGCAUCCCGUGUCCGCGACUUCGCGAGGACGUGGUCGUGGUCGCGGCGGUCGCGUCCCGCUGAGAUAGACGCGGUUGUGUGUUACGGAGCUUGUCCGUCGCUCCAGUGUGUGUGCGGGUUAACCUUUCUUUAAACACAUCGUGAGAGAGCGAGUGUCGACCGCGCGCGCCAGGUAGGGUGUAAGGUGCCCAUCUCAAGGGGAGAGUAGAAGAGAGAUAGAAAGAAAGAGAGAGAGAGAGAGAGAGAGAGAGGGAGAGAAAGAGAAAGAAAGAAAAAAAACGAAGACGUGUGUCAAGAGUGCGUGGUGUGUGUGCGUGUUGUGCGUGCGUGCGUGUGUUUCUCGCGAGGGAAGGAAACCGAGAACGAGGAAGAAAUCACGCGUGCAUUAACAUUACGCACGAGGGGCCCACACGGCAUUCGCACGACAUUCACGUCCGUCAAGAUGUCGUCGUCCGGGCACAGCAGUCGCACUCGCACCGUUCACAUAAGCACGAUCCUUCAGAAGUUGCAGGGCCGCUUCGCGGACGCGAUGACGCCUCCUAAGCUGUCGACCGACAAACGUACGCUCGACAAAACCUGGAAACUGAUGGACAAGGUGGUGAAGCUGUGCCAACAUCAAAAAAUGAACCUGAAGAACUCGCCGCCGUUCAUACUCGACAUCCUGCCCGACACGUAUCAGCGGCUGCGGCUCAUCUACAGCAAGUACGAGGACCGGAUGCAGGUGCUGCACAGUAACGAACACUUCUGCGUGUUCAUCAACAACCUGAUGCGUAAGUGCAAGCAGGCGAUCAAGCUGUUCAAAGAGGGCAAGGAGAAGAUGUUCGACGAGACGUCCCACUAUAGACGAAAUCUCACCAAGCUCAGUCUUGUGUUUAGCCACAUGUUGUCCGAGCUGAAGGCUAUAUUCCCGAACGGCGUGUUCGCCGGUGAUCAGUUUCGCAUCACCAAGGCCGACGCGGCUGAAUUCUGGAAGGAACGCUUCGGGAACAGUACACUGGUGUCAUGGAGGGCGUUCAGAUACGAAUUGAACAAAGUUCAUCCGAUCAGUUCGGGACUGCAGGCAAUGGCACUGAAAUCCACGAUAGAUCUGACUUGUAACGAUUACAUUUCCAACUUCGAAUUUGACGUGUUUACAAGAUUGUUUCAACCAUGGUCGACCCUCUUGCGCAACUGGAAAAUUCUGGCUGUGACGCAUCCCGGCUACGUGGCUUUUCUCACUUACGACGAGGUGAAAGCGCGUUUACAAAAAUAUUGCAUCACCAAACCCGGGAGUUACGUAUUUCGAUUAAGUUGCACGAGGCUGGGACAAUGGGCAAUUGGCUACGUCACGUCUGACGGUGAUAUCCUUCAAACUAUACCGCACAACAAAAGUCUGUGCCAAGCUUUACUGGACGGCUAUCGGGAAGGCUUCUACCUGUAUCCAGACGGUCGAAAUAUAAAUCCAGAUUUGACAUGGGCCGUACAACCAACGCCGGAGGAGCACAUAAAGGUGACGGCGGAGCAGUACGAAUUGUAUUGCGAGAUGGGUAGCACAUUCCAGCUGUGUAAAAUCUGCGCCGAGCACGAUAAGGACGUGAGGAUAGAACCUUGCGGACAUCUGCUCUGCACGCCGUGUCUCACAUCUUGGCAGGUAGAUUCCGAAGGACAGGGUUGUCCGUUUUGUCGAGCCGAGAUUAAAGGCACCGAGCAGAUCGUCGUGGAUCCGUUUGAUCCGCGAAGAACGCACAAACCCGGAGCGGUUUCGGCGUCGGUUAGCAACGCGUCGACCCCUACGCGGGAUCUCGACCCCGACACCGAGGUAUCCGACUAGGAAUAGCAUCCACCUUCAUUAUUAAAUGUGUUCUAUGUAUAACAACAUCCCCCCCGCAGUAUGCCUCAUUCUUGAGAAUGUCUCAUACAUUUCAUGAGAUCUCGCGGUUUACCAACGGCCAUACACACACGUGUCACAUGUCAUUUCGCGUAAGUCUGUCGUUUCACGACUGUAAAGCUGUAUCCCGUGGAGAGAGGCAGGUACGCAGUAGUUUGUAUAGUCACGUAAAUGUAUCGGAGAAGCUACUGCAAUCGAUUACGGGACCAAGAUUUUAACCAAAUCGCAGAACCGUGGUUCUGUAGAGUUCGUUGUCACUUACUGUAUGUGUUUUAUUUUUUAUUUUUUUUUUUUUAUUUUUUUUUUUGUUUGCAUCAAAUGAUUAAUAAUCGGCGAGAGAUCAGUCGCUCGAUCGGUUAGUCGAUCGAUCGGUCGAUUAUCUCUGUCUCCAUCGCGAAUUUUCACGAACUAACAUAUUAUUGAAAUUGUUUAUGUCGCAUAAUUACAUAUUUCGCAUCGAUUAUACGAGUGCUUUCAGGUAAGAUUCGCUUUUCUUGCAUUUCAGUAAAAAUAUUUAUGAUUCGGCGGCUUAUUGUAUGACCCAUUGUCGCUGUCACUAUGACCACGCGCACACACGUAUAUAUAGUUUUCGAACAAGAUAGCCUUCUUAGAUAAUUCAUUCAACGGUCUAAAGAUUAAAGUUUGAUAAGGAAUUUUAUCGAAUUUAGAUGUUGUAAUCUAAAAAAAAAAGAAAAAAAAGCGUUAAAGAGAAAAAACGUUAUCUAGCGAAAGAAUUUAUAAUUAAGCAAGUGGGCUCGCAUCAAUCAGCCACAAUGUGGGUUCAUCACAUUUAUUUAUCUACUAACAAAACAAACGCUACACUCUCGAUUCACAGAAUUCAUAAUGCAUGUGCACACAUACACACAUGCGUAGUUAUUAAAAGCGCUCUUUUUUAAAGUUAUGUGCAUAUAUAAAAGACUUUUUAAUGCCUGAAAGAGAUAUUUGCGUGUAUUAUUUAUACACACAUACGAUUAUCUUAUUUAUAGACAUAUUAAUGUGGACUAAUGUGUCUUGUAGUUAAAUUGAUUUAUAGAAGAAAAUUUCAA